UCAGACGUUCCUGGCCAGCAGAGACGGUCCGGAGCGUCGGGGACACCCCGGGGACGCUGCACCAGCCAUGGAGGGCGACAUCCAUGGCAGCGGUGAUGGGUCCGGAGCGGUGGGGACAGGUGAGUAUAACUUCCUAUACUUUACAUGGUUUCAACAAACAAUGGUUCAUUUGGAACGGAUUGCCAUCGUAUGUUGAGGGACCACUGUAUAUGACAUUUGACAAUGUAAAUACAUAAGAUAUGCUAUGUACAUUACUGACUAACUGUACAUGAAAUGAGCUAGAAGCAAUUAUUCUAUACUGACUAGACCAGUGAUUCCCAACCGCGGUGCCGCUGCACACGUGUGUGCCAUUCGCCACUGGCCGUGUUGCCGCGGGAUUUUGCUGUGAUUUUUUUUUUUUUAAAUGUCUCGCCCCGGCCUGCGCGCUUAUGACUGGCGGCGCAGGGGGGAAGGGAAGCCUGCGUGCGUGGACCUGCAAGCUGCGCGGACCGGCUUGCUUAAGGUUUAACGGUGAAGAAUUGUGUGUGGAAGAAAUCGUGAUGAUGGCCCGGACCAGAUGGAGAAGAGAAGGCAACAUGGCAAAUUAGAGAAGACGUUAUUGGCGAUAUAAGAAUGGUAUCCUGGUAUCUCAUCUUCUUCCUGCCUUUGUGUAUGUCGUCAGAUCCUCAAAAUGGUCAUGUCAUGAAUAUGGACACCUUUAUUGGUCUCAUAAAAGAGUUGGAGUCCACCCAACCAGAUUCUUCACACAAGGAUCUUGUUCAGCUCUUGUUUUCUGCAAUCGCUCCCCCAUUCAGCUCCCCCGAGGGUCUCAGUGCUCAACAAGUGUCUCUUACCAAGGCUUUGCUGAUUCACAAAGUUGUGGCCAUAAAAGAUGAUGUUUGGCAGGAGCAAGGAGUUGUCUUAGCCCCUGAUGGAACCACCGUGGCAGUAAGUCCCCUUCUUGGGGCCCUGCUCUGGGGAUGGAAAGUUGAUUGUAAAUGGGAGAAUGCACAGGUAAAGAGCCCUGAUGGAAAAGAUCACUGUCCAUCAAGCCUUAGCCCAAACAAUGAUGGUAGACCUCGUACACUCUUCGCAAUGUCUUUGGCAUCUGCUUUUGCUGAUCCUGAAGUGUCCCUAGAUGCACCUCUAGAUUUUCCUAAUGGAUGCUGGGAUUCCAUCUCCUUGCCCAAAACCUUCCAGCUACAAGGGGCCAUUGUCCGAAAUGACCUUACACUUGCUUACAUCAAUGGUGCCUUAGAUGGUGCUCUGCUAAAAGGGAUGCUGAGCAAUGAGACCCAGAAUAUGAGUUCCUUACUUCAGUCAUACUACAGGGGACAACCAGCCAAAAGUGCAUUCCGGAGACAGAACUUUCAGGGUCUGCUAAAGGAGGGUCAACUAGCAGAGGAAAUUCAUAAAGGAAUCAAUUGUUACCGAGAAUUUGCUGGAUGUCAUGACUUACAACCUAUCACAGAAGAACUGUUGAUCUCCAUUGCUUCUGAGGCAGCCAAAAAGUUUGAGCAGCAGUAUCUAGAGUGUCCUGCUGUGAUACCUCGCUGCCUGUGGGAGGCCAAGCCAUAUAAAGGCACCCCAACUUUACUAAAGCCCCCUCUGGCUCAUGUCUAUAUACACCACACCUAUGAGCCCUCUAGGCCUUGCGUCUCCUUCCAGGACUGUUCAGCAGACAUGCGCAGCAUGCAGAGGUUCCAUCAGGUGGAUCGAGGCUGGGACGACAUAGGCUAUAGCUUCGUGGUAGGUUCUGAUGGAUAUCUGUAUGAAGGACGUGGUUGGCAUUGGGUUGGGGCUCACACCAAGGGCCACAACUUUGUGGGUUAUGGCAUUAGCUUCAUUGGAGACUUCACAUCAUCAGUCCCUGAGUCUCACAUACUGCAGCUGGUCAGGGAUCGCUUCUUGAAGUGUGCUGUAACAUCUGGCUACAUUUUGCCCAACUAUACCAUCCAGGGUCAUCGACAGGUUGUGAAAACCACAUGUCCGGGAGAUGCCCUGUUCCAAGAGAUUACCAGCUGGGAGCACUUUACAAAGGAAUCCAAAGACUGAUUUGUUGCAGAUCAAUAUUUCACUCCUCUGG